UGACACUGGUAAAUUAGUUGGACGUUGGAACCUCCGCCCGCCUUGGUUUCGAUGCAUUCGAGAAACUCUCACCCAAAUAUCACCAACUUAUCAACCAUGAAAUAAACCCACUAAACAAAACCCCUUCCCAUCCAAACCACCUCGUUCCCUCUCCCUCUCUCUUUCCUGACUGCCCGCUCCAAUGGCUCGCCUUCUCAACACCUCCUUCAUCCCCAGCUCCCAAUCCCUCCGCCGGAACGCCACUUCCUCUACCCCGGCCCUCAUUUCCGGGCGCCGGAGCAGGGCCCAAGUCCAGGCCAAGAUCCGGGAGAUCUUCAUGCCGGCUCUCAGCUCCACCAUGACUGAGGGCAAGAUCGUCUCUUGGGUCAAGUCCGAGGGCGACAAGCUAUCCAAGGGCGAGAGCGUCGUCGUCGUCGAGUCCGAUAAGGCCGACAUGGACGUCGAGACUUUCUACGACGGUUACCUGGCUUCGAUUAUGGUGGAGGAGGGCGGCGUCGCCACCGUCGGUUCGGCUAUUGCUCUAUUGGCCGAGACCGAGGACGAGAUUGCCGAGGCCAAAGCCAAGGCCGGUUCUUCAUCAGCAGCUCCAGUGGCACCAGCACCGGCUGCAGCUGCUCCGGAGCCACUACCGGAGAAAAUUCCGGAUAAUGUGGGUCCUGCGGUGGUCCCUAAGGCGGCGGCUACUGUGGCAGCGGUGGCUUCCACCCACCCGGCAUCAGAGGGAGGGAAGAGAAUCGUGGCAUCGCCGUAUGCGAAGAAGCUUGCAAAGGACUUGAAGGUGGAUUUGGGGUCAGUGGUGGGAAGUGGACCACUGGGGAGGAUUGUGGCCAAGGAUGUUGAAGCUUUUGCUGCUCAGCCGACGGUGGCGGCUGUUGCUGAACCGAGUGUUGGGAAGUCAGCUGCUGCGGUGGCGGCGGAGGCGGGAAUUCAGUUGGGAUCGGUGGUGCCUUUUACGACAAUGCAGGGGGCUGUGAGUAGAAACAUGCUUGAGAGUCUCUCAGUGCCAACUUUCAGAGUAGGAUACACUAUCACCACUGAUGCGCUCGAUGCUCUGUACAAAAAGAUCAAGUCGAAGGGAGUUACCAUGACAGCAUUGCUUGCAAAGGCUACAGCACUUGCAUUGGUCAAACAUCCUGUUGUCAACUCCGGCUGUAGAGAUGGUAAGAGCUUUACAUACAACAGCAACAUUAACAUUGCAGUCGCUGUGGCAAUCGAUGGUGGAUUGAUUACACCAGUGCUUCAGGAUGCGGACAAGGUUGACAUAUAUACAUUGUCGAGAAAGUGGAAGGAGUUAGUUGAUAAGGCCAGGGCCAAGCAGCUACAACCUCACGAGUACAAUACAGGUACUUUCACUGUUUCUAAUCUUGGGAUGUUUGGUGUUGAUCGGUUUGAUGCUAUUCUGCCACCUGGAACUGGAGCAAUUAUGGCUGUUGGAUCAUCUCAGCCUACUGUUGUGGCUACCAAGGAUGGUCGGAUUGGACGGAAGAACCAAAUGCAGGUAAAUGUUACUGCUGAUCAUCGUAUAAUUUAUGGCGCUGAUCUGGCUUCAUUCUUGCAAACCUUGGCCAAGAUUAUUGAGGACCCCAAAGAUCUUACCUUCUAGUCUCGAAACGUCAUGUCACCAAAUGUUCCCCGCUUGGCUUUCAGAAUGUCUGGGAUUUUUCUCCGUAUGAUCUCGUCAGGCAUGCUUCUACCGUUGCUAAUCAUUUAGGUUUGACGGGAGGCUUGUUCAAUUCUAUAUGACGAAUAGGAAAACAAUUUUGAACAUUAAUGCAUAAUGAGUUUUAGUUCCAGUUCAUCAAAGGUUCUAUCAUAAAAUGUUGCUGGCCGUUGUUUUUUCUCAGUCGUUUUCGGGUUUUUAGAGUUGGCUAUUGCAUGAAACUGGUUAUCUAGGUUGUAGAAGUAUGUAUUUGCAACUUAACAAGCAUAUCCAUGAUACAAACGUAUUGCUACCGAAAUCCAAUUCGCAAAAUGUUUUGAGGA